UAAAAUGAGCAGAAGUUGAAAAGAGGGUAUACGUGAGGUGAGAGACGAACACCAAAGUGAGUGUCUUUUUGCAAAAGGUCUUGAGUCUUCAAGUAAGCAGCAGCUUUACUUUCUUUCCUUUCUCUUCCUUUCAUGGCUACAGAUUCUAGUUUUGUGCAACCAGCAAUCCCACGUUUUGAUGGUCACUAUGACCAUUAGAGCAUGCUAAUGGAGAAUUUUCUAUGAUCAAAAGAGUAUUGGCAGGUUAUUGAAUCUGGAAUCGACGAACCAAAAGCAGAUGAAGCUUUGACAGAUGCCCAGCAAAUAGAGUUGGAAAAGAUGAAGUUAAAGGACUUGGAAGCCAAAAAUUACCUCUUCCAGGCAAUUGAUCGUCCCAUCUUGGUAACAAUUUUUAUUAAAGAAACCUCCAAGGCUAUUUGGGAUUGCAUGAAAAAGAAAUAUCAGGGUUCCUCUAGAGUGAAGCGUGCACAGCUCCAAGCAUUAAGGAGGGAUUUUGAGACUCUGCAGAUGAAAGAUGGUGAAUCUGUCACUAGUUAUUGUGCUAGAACCAUGGAGAUAAGCAACAAAAUGCGAUUCCAUGGAGAGAAGACGGAGGGUGUCACCAUUGUGGAGAAAAUAUUGCGGCCCAUGACACCAAAGUUUGAUUAUGUUGUCUGCUCAAUUGAAGAAUCUAAAGACAUAGAUGCACUCUUUCUUGAUGAACUCCAAAGCUCCUUGUUGGCCCAUGAACAGAAAAUGAACCGUAGUUCAACUAUAGAGGAGCAAGCUCUAAAGGCUUCUGCCUCUAUUCAUCUUACAAGUUCUAGAGGAAGGGGUAGAGGUAGAGGUAAAGGUCGAGGAAGGAGAGGACAAGGCAACAGAGAUGGCAGCAGCUACUUCAAAGCUGAUGAUGAACAAGUUCAAAUCAAAGGCAGAGGACAUGAUCAACAGUUUGACAAAUCUAAGGUAGAGUGCGUCAGAUGUCAUAAAUUGGGUCAUUAUCGUUUUGAAUGUUUUACUAAGCUGCCUAACAACAAAGAAAAGGGAGAGACAUCAAAUUUUACAAGAAAAAAUGAAGAGCAAACUUUGUAAAUGGCUGUUUAAGCUAGUGAAGAACCUGUGUCUGAUGUUUGGUAUGUGGAUACAGGCUGCAGUAACCACAUGUGUGUUAGUAAGUCUUCUUUUUCUUUUUUAAAUAAAGAUUUUCAUUCUAUAGUAA